AUGGUGGAUGUAGAAUACAUAGAUACUACAGAGCGGGGAUACAAGCGGUUAUCGUCCCUGCUUGGGGUGUCUCAGGUGCAGAACCAGAAGUGCCAGAGAUGUGGGCAGACGGUCUACCAACAGGAGAGGAUCGGCCCAGUUAACGAUGUUAUCUUCCACAAGCAGUGCUUUAGGUGCUGCACGUGUGGCGGGUACGUCACACUGAAGAACUACUGGACCAACCAGACCAGCGUGGACGACAAGGAGAUCUAUUGCCAAACCCACGCCCCCAGAGUCGGAGGCUCCAGACUUGACAACAGCGCCAUGGGCAUUCAGAGAGCGCUAUCUGCACAAGACAACUUCAGGAAAGCAAACAGCAAGAUGACAGAACUCCGCUUCCAAAAGGAACAGCCAGGACCAACCAUCGAUCAUGAAUGUCUGGGCAUCAAAGCGGCCAUGACCCAGAGUCGGCAGCAGCACCAGACUCGACCCAGCAGCGACCAGACGUCGGGACACAAGUUCACUAUAGAUGAGAACUCUUUCCACAUCCGGGGCGCUCUGGACGCCCAGUUGUUGCAGCGGAAGAAUGAGAGGAAGCUGGAGAAACACCACUUCCCGCCACACAUCGUGCAGAAGAGGGAACAUAUAUUUGAGACACAGAAAAGGUUGGAGGAACAACUGAGACAAGAGGAGGAUGAAAUGUUCAGGGAAUUUCGCGAGGAGAGGGAGAAGGAGGCCAAAGCCAUCAAUAAAGAGAUUGAGUCAGAGUGGGAGCGACAGCUGAAAGAGCUGACACACAAAUAUGAACAAGUCAUAGACAGAAAGAAAAAGAAGAUAAAAGACACAGACAAAACGAUGAUGCCUAUAGAGUUUGAGAAUGAAAAGAAGGAUCUGGCAGAGACAAUGAAAUCAAAGAAACAAAACAUUAAGAAAACAAUGACACUACGUCUGCGACAGAAAGAGCAAGAACAGACUGCCGAGUUGGUGAAGAAACAAAGCCAGGUUAUGCUGGAAAUGUUGGCCAAAGAACAAGAAGAGUUAAAAGCUGAACUGGCAAAAGAAAUGGCUAAGGAACCAGUUUCAGCUGAAAAUGGCGCCAACAUCAGGCGAGAUAAGGGAAACAUUGAUGAAGUAUUGGAAAUUCUCCCUUUGCCAUCCGUGGCAGCUCCUCCCCCACCUAAAGUCCCUUCUUGUCGGAAAGAAGAUUUGUUUCCGGACACCUCCGUGUUUCAGUCCAUAGAUGAGCAAGUCAUCAAGGUUGCAGAGAGUGAACAGCUGACAUAUACCGACCUGGUGAGGCAGUUGACAGAAGAUCUGCUGACAGACCUGGAGAAAGUCAGGGCAAUAUAUCGCUGGAUCUGUGUCAAAGACCUCAAUGUGAUGGAGUUUGCAGAUAACCUGGAUGCUGACACCCCUUUGGGACUUCUCAGAGGCAUCAAAUUUGGAACAGAGACGUACCAUGUCUUAUUCAUGAGGUUAUGCAGCUAUGCUGGCCUGCACUGUGUGGAAAUAAAGGGCCACUCUAAGAGUGUUGGCUACGAACCUGGCAUGAAAAUUAUACCUGGAACAUUCCAGAACACGUGGAAUGCAGUUUUCAUUGCCGGAGACUGGAGGUUGAUUCAGUGUAACUGGGGUGCCAGACAUCUUGUGCUCAGUAAAGACAAAGAGGAGAAAAGCAAGGGCAAUGACAACAUUCGAUACCAGUAUGACGACCACUAUUUCAUGACUGAUCCUGAUGAGUUUAUACUAGAAUUUUGGCCUCAAGACCCAAACUGGCAACUCCUGGAAUCUCCUAUCACUCUUGAACAGUUUGAAGAGUUGCCAUUUGUCAGAUCAGUCUUCUUUCAUUAUAAGAUGCGUUUUGACGGGCAUAAGAAAGCUGUGAUCAAGACAGACAGCAAAGGUGGCGCUAGGAUCACUAUACGCGUCCCUGAGGAAAACGAAAAUGAUCUAGUGUUUUUUUACCAGCUUCGGUUUGCAGAUAAAGAGAGAUCUAAAGAGCAGACGUAUAAAGGCAGUCUUCUGGAGCGGUAUGUUUUUGAGACAAUGGUCGACAACACAGUGACUUUCAGUGUUCACGUACCCACAUCUGGCCUGUAUUUUAUGGAAAUCUUUGCAAAUAAAAUUGACAACAGCGGUCGUGUUGAAGACGAUAAUGCAAAUAUUGCUCCAUUCAAACUGAAAUGUGCAUGCAAGUUUAAGAUAGUUUGUGAGAGUUUAUCUGGCACAAUGCACCCACUUCCGAACUGUGCACCAGGUGAGUGGGGUCCUAAAAAAGCACAAAGACAUUUUGGAAUUGUACCUGUGAUUUCACCUGCAUCAGAAUUUGAGAUGGAAAAAGCCGGUAUGUUAACAGUGGAAGAUCAGUUUGAGCUAAAGUUUCAAACUCCACAGCCAUUUCAAUUUGUUGCCAAGUUGAGAAUGAAUCAUGUCGAGAGCAAAGUUUUAGAUCACUAUUUGAACUUAUCAAGUCAGGGUUCUGUGUUGUCGGUGCAUGUGUCAUUGCCUCAGCCAGGCCAGUAUGGGCUAGAUAUAUUUGCCCGGCCAAAAGGAGCCGACAGUGCAACUCUGUCUCAUGCUUGUAAAUAUCUCAUUAACUGCACCAAAGUGUCCACUCUUGUUGAUUUACCCAAGUCAUUGUCUUUGUCUGCAAAUAAGCGAGUUAAAUGUGGCCCAACAUCUGGCUUUGCAGAGAUGGGUUUGCAGGUAAUUUCACAGAAAGAAGCCAAAAUCAUUCUCGAUAAAACAAACACAACCUCAUUUGAGGUGAAAAUCCCUACAGAUGUUGUUCUUUCAUACCAGUUCCUUCGAGAACCACACGAGGAUAACAGGGACUAUGUUCUUCAGACUUCUGAACCAAAUGGAAUUAUCAAAUUUACCAUUUCUUUGCCCAAAAAAGGCAACUAUAUACUCAGUUUAUAUGCUCGGAAGGAGAACAGUGACAGCAGGUCAGCACCAAAUGUGUAUAAUUGUUUAAUUCAGUAUACGCCAGGCUCUACUGAAGACCUUAUGGAUGCUGACAGAAAGUCUGCAGUUUUCAAAAGAUCCAUCUUUAAAAAGGCUGAUAGCAAAGACGGAUCUUCUGUAGACAAAACAUUAGACAAAUCUUCAGAAAAGUCUGUGUAG